CUUCGCUGACCCAGUUGAUCUUUUUUCCAAAGUGUUGUUGAAAAUGUUGGACCUACUGCUUAUAAACAGUCCCUGUAUGGAUACUGCACCCCAGCCUACAGAAGGACCAGGUAAGACAGCUGCAAUGUAGUUCAUACAAAGCAACAGUGAGUAAAUCUACAACCUGUCGAGGCAUGUUAGUAAAAGGUCAAUGGCACUAGUACAGUUAAUGUCUCACUGUGGGAGAAAGAAAAACAUUUAUUAUCAGAACACAGAAUCACAGUCUUUCUAUGUAGCUCUAACUGUGUGUUUGACUCUAGGGAAGCCAGUCAUCCUGUGUGAUACUGACUACCUGUGUGAUCAGUGGAUGUCACAUCAUGACCUUGAGAUAGCAACUUUUCCAGGACCUCUUCUGAGCAAAAAGAUGAAGAAGGAGGACUUGCUUGAUUUUAUCCGGAGAAGGACCCAUGAGUGUCUGAUUAAGGACGAUAUACCUGACCAACAAGCAGCCUAUGUGUUUUGGCUUAUCAUGGAGAAGUUCUGCACCCAAAAUGGAAAUGUGAUGAUGACGGACAUCACUCCACUCCUCUGGAUGGGCUACAGUGCUUAUAAGAAUAAGCUCGGAGAUCUUGAGACGGAGGAUCACUGGUGCCUUCUUCUCGCUCGUCGCUUAUCCAACUCUAAUGAUGCAGAAGAUGAGCUGAGGGAAUCCGUCAUUAAAAUUGGAGACACACUUGCGUCCAGAGGACAAAUAUACCCAGCUCAUGUCUGUUAUGUGGUGGCACAGGUUGAGCUGGACUCGUACAAUGACAGAACCAGUUUCUCUCUGAUUGGAUCUGGAGGUUUGCCAUUUGGGAAGUCAGCUAUGAGGGAAGCCUUCGAACGAACUGAAGUGUAUGAGUAUGCCCUCUGGUUGAAUUCUGGGUUCACACAGCCAAACUUUCAGAUCUUCAAGCUACUUCACGCCAGAAGGCUAGCUGAUUCUGGACAUUCUGCUCAAGCCCGGAACUACUGCAGGACCAUUGCUACGGCAGUAGCCACCUUCCCCAGCAACAUCACAGUCAUCCUCAUGAGCCGUCUUAUUAGGCUCUCUGAGGAACUGUACAGAGGGAAGGCCAAAGAACCCAACUGGCUGGUAAAUCUUCGCUACCUGUGCCUACACAAGGUGGAACAGAUUCCUGGGAAGGAUUAUAUUAUCCCAGAGCAGCAGGAGGUGUGGGAUGUGGACUCUCAGUCACAGGGUCUCCUGACAGCUGAAAAGUUCACUCUCCAUCUUACUGCCAUGGAGCUGCAGGCUGAGAUGUGGGAUGAAGACUCAGAUUCAGAUGGUUCUCUGAUGCCUGAAACGUCCACCACCUAUGUGAAUACUUCAGAACUCCAGCCUGAGGUCUGGGAUGUGGACAGCGAGGUCCAAGAGAUGCCCACUUUCCAUCCUUCGUGUCUGAAAUUCCUCACUGAACCAGAGGCACAGAGAUUUCUUGCCUUGUACACCGUGGGUGACAUGCUGGGGAGUGGAGGCUUUGGCACAGUUUAUGAAGGAACUUGUAAGAAAGAUGGACAACAGGUUGCAAUUAAAUACAUUGCCAAGGAUGCCUCAGAUUUCUACAUCCCCAUUCCUGGCGAGUCCUGCAAGCUCCUUCUAGAGGUGGCUUUAAUGCAAAUUGUAUCAAAGCCACCUCACAACAAGAACGUUCUGCAGCUCCUGGAUUGGUUCGAUAUGCCCGACUGCUUCCUGUUGGUCCUGGAGAGACCCGUCCCCUGCAUGGACGUGUAUAAUCUGUGUAUGAGUCAAAAAGGCGUACUGGAUGAACCACUGGCCAAGAUCAUCAUGCGGCAGGUGGUUGAGGCUGCCCGCUACUGCCAUAAUCGCGGCGUUUUCCAUCGUGACAUCAAGGCGGAAAACCUUCUUUUCAACACCGACACGAUGGAAGUCAAAUUAAUUGACUUUGGCUGCGGCGAUUUGUGGCAGGACACACCCUACGAGGAAUAUGCAGGAACUCCAGAUUUCUGGCCUCCAGAAUGGAUUCUGCAACAGGAGUAUAACGCCUACCCCGCUACUGUCUGGAGUCUCGGUAUACUCCUCUUUAGUAUAGUCUGUGGAGAAAUGCCCUUCAUGACUGACGAGGAAGUUGUUGCCGGGACCCUGCAGUUCAAGCCUGGCCUGUCUAAAGCCUGCCACCAUCUGAUCGAGUGGUGCUUGGAACAGGACCCUAACAAACGGCCCAGCCUCCAGCAGAUCAGCGAACAUGAGUGGUUCACAGAAGACCUUUAAGACCGAGUUCAGACCCUGUAUAGACGGCAUUGAAUCAUGAAACAACAACUAAUUUAUAUUGACUGAGAAUAAAUUAAGAUCAGUGUACCCGACUGCCUGCUGUUUGCUUUUAUUCAUUUUGAUCAUCUUGAUGAUCUUCUACUUGGAGCUUUCUGCAGUUAUAACUCACUUUCUGCUGCUGUGGAUGGACACACAUGGAUAG